CAUCUUCGAUGCCGAACCCAUCCAUGUGUUGUGUCGUUCAUCCCUCGCGGGCACCUUCGUAAUGAAUCGCACCCUUUGUGCACUUGUCUUAGGGAUUUGGUGUCUAGGUACUUGCGCUGCCGCGGCUAAACUACCCUUCCUCUAUGAGAUCGAGCGGCCAGAAGUCUAUCACCAGGUCAAACCAGUCGCGGCACCGAGUACGAGCAGCAACGUUCGACCAACUUUGCCGAAAUGCGACACAAAAUACCGCAACGGAACUUACCCGGUUAUGAAUCCAGUGUUCUGCGACCAAUUCUACUACUGCGAUAAUGGCAAAAUCAAAGCCUUCCAAUGCGACGAUGGAUUUGCCUACACUCCCUACAAGGGCUGCAAACUCGUGCACACGGUCGAUUGCUCCAAGCGUCCUCGGCUUCAAAUCCCUCGGGGAACGGCACCCUGCCGGCGGCGGAACGAGAUCCGGGCGGAUCCUGCCGGCUGCGGUCGCUUCGUCGUGUGCGAGAACAACAAGGCGUCCCUGGGGCGCUGCCCGCCUCAGCAGUCCUUCGACGACGUCAACAAGACGUGCAGGGCCCAGACCAACGAGGACCGCGUCAACUGCGCCCCGCAACUCCCGCCGCGACCCGUCGAGGCCCCGAAACCCAACCGGACGGACAUCCCUUCCAUCGUCGUCCCUAGUGUCCCUGACGUCGUAUCGGCGGUCGCUCAGUCCGCUCAGUCCGCUCUCCAAGUCAUCAAUCUCAUCCCUUCCCGCCCACUGAGUAUUUCCUUCCAGACUUCUCGCCCAGCCACGAGUCAGGAGCUAAACUUAACGGAGAGGCCUUCGAAACCAUCUCCAGCAGUUCAGCAACCACAACAUACUGAAACGGUGCAGCCGACAACGCAGUCGCCCACAACGCUCAGGCCUCCUGCCUCCGUAUCCGCUGAAAUCUCCUUCUCUUCACACCCCCUUCAGAGUGCACCGCAAGCCCCAAUUGGUUGUCCCUCAACUCCGUGUGACCCGGCGCUUUCGAACUGGCGAUGUCCGGAGGAGACCUAUCUCCAAUUCGGAGACCAUGCUCGCUACCCGUACCUGGACUCGUGUGACAAGUUCAUAAUCUGCUACCGAGACCGCUCGUACCGUGUGGCUGGAUGCGAGGCUGGACGAGCCUUCAACCGCCUCACCAAAGUCUGCGUACCUCGACGCGAAAUCCCUGGCUGCAGUGGUACCGCAAGGUGAACCCCUCAGAAUGAG